AUGAGAAUGGCCGAGAAGAUUUCCUUAUUGAUCUUCUUGUUUGUCCUUAGUAGCAUAGUUUCUGUUGUUUCUUCACAACGAUGCGUUGGCGCUGGGUCUUUUGGAGAAGGUAGUCCAUAUGCUAUUUAUAACCGCGAAAAAAUCCUCUCAUCUCUUGCUGCUAACGUGAAGAUGCCCAAAGGUUUCUACAAUGGUUCGAGGAGUGAUGGUCCUGACUCUCCUGACCGAGUAUAUGCAAUGGCAAUGUGCAUAGAUGGGAGUGACCCAGAGGUAUGCUCCGAAUGUCUCGGGGUUGCGACUGACUUGUUAAUACACAACUGUAAUAACGAGAGUGAAGGAUUUAUAUGGUUUCAGUAUAAAACGCUUUGUUUUGCACGCUUCUCUAACCAUUCGUUUUUUGGAACCCAUGAUACGCACCUGCUUUAUUUCGAGUACAGCAGUGGGUUAUCGAGGUUAACAGAGUUUGACCAAAACUUUAGCAAUUUAACAGAUAGUAUGCUAGCUGAAAUUUCCAGUGGGAAAAAAGCUUCAACAAAUGUGGAGCCCUUGACAAAGUUCCAGACUUUUUUUUUUUUUUUUUUUUUUUGAAACUUAACAAAGUUCCAGACUUUACACGCAUUAAUGCUAUGCACGCCGGAUCUACCUUCAUCGAAUUGUUCGGCCUGUCUUAAAGAAAGUGUUGGUGUUUAUCGUAAGGAUGAACACCUCAUUCGGAAGCAUGGAGGAGUCAUUGCAUAUCCAAGCUGUUUCUUCCGGUGGGAUCUGUAUCCCUUGAGCGAAGGUUUUACUCGAAUUUCUUAUUCUAAACUAGGUAACAACAACAGAAUCUCAACGGUAUUUUUUGUGGCGGUUGUUGUUCCCAUCGUCGUUAUCUGUUGUAUACUGUCUGCUAUAGUAGUAAUACUAGUCAUCAGAAGGGGAAGGUCUAACCCACCACCUGAAGUACCUACAAACUCACUGCAAUACGAUUUGAAGACGAUUGAAGCUGCAACAUGUACAUUUUCGAAGAGAAACAUGCUCGGUGAAGGUGGAUUUGGAGAAGUUUAUAAGGGUUUACUUGAAGAUGGGUCAGAAAUUGCGGUCAAAAGGCUGUCAAAAGAAUCAGCACAAGGUGUACAGGAGUUCAAGAAUGAGACUAGUCUUGUGGCAAAGCUUCAGCACAGAAAUUUGGUUGGAGUUCUUGGGUUUUGUAUGGAAGGAGAAGAAAAGAUACUCAUUUACGAGUUUGUUCCCAACAAAAGCCUCGACCAGUUCUUGUUUGAACCUACAAAGCAAAGCCAGCUUGAUUGGGCUAAAAGGUACAAGAUUAUUCUUGGGACUGCUAGGGGAGUUCUAUAUCUUCAUCAUGACUCACCUCUCAAAAUCAUACACCGUGACCUCAAAGCUAGUAACAUCCUCUUAAAUGUUGAAAUGGAACCCAAAGUCGCAGAUUUUGGAAUGGCCAGGAUUUUAAAGAUGGAUCAAUCUCGAGCCGAUACAAGGAGGGUCGUUGGAACCCACGGCUACAUUUCUCCAGAGUAUUUGAUGCAUGGGCAAUUCUCCAGGAAAUCUGAUAUAUUCAGCUUCGGAGUCUUGGUUCUAGAGAUUAUUAGUGGAAAAAGAAACAGCAAUUUCCACGAGAUUGAUGGUUCCGGCAACAGUUUGGUCACACAUGCUUGGAAGCACUGGAGGAACGGGUCACCACUAGAACUAGUGGAUGCGGAAAUAGGAAAGAAGUAUCAGAGUAACGAAGUUGUCAGAUGCAUCCAUAUUGCGCUACUAUGUGUUCAGACUGAUCCAGAUGACCGUCCAGAUAUAUCCGAAAUUAUCUCGAUGCUCACCAGUAACUCGAUCAUUUUACAGCUACCUCAGUCACCAGUAUAUGAGGGUUCAGAGAUGUGUCUACCUCCUAUUAAAUCUGUUCCUGUUUCUGUCAAUGAUUCAUUGAUAGAUGAGUUGGUUCCUCGUUGA